AUGUCUGCAAGGCAGGACUCAUCACAGGCGUCUGAGAACACACCACUCCUCGGCCACCAGGACGAGGAGUCGCAAAAUACAUACACCGGCGGUGACAAUGGCGCAACUUCGCCCCGCUCGGAAUGCGACACUUUGUCAUCGCUAGAUUCGCAGUCGGCCAAGGGCACACGGCGGUGGCCUACAAUAGUCGCAUUAAGCAUACUAUGUCUGGCGACUGUCCUCGCCAUCAUCGGCUUUGCCGUGCCAUCGAUAGCGCAAGAAUAUGCGCAACAAGCCCUCGUCUUUGAGCCGGAUCGGUUAUCGAUAGACUCUUUCACAUCAUUUGGAGUAAGGACGAGAAUAAAAGGUGUCUUCUACCUCGAUGCUUCAAGAGUACAGAAGAAAGCCGUCCGAGAUCUCGGAAAGGCGGCGACAUGGAUUGCUCGAGAAGUUAAGAGCGACCGAUCCGAGCUUGAUGUCUACCUGCCAGACUAUGGGGACGUCCUGCUCGGUAAGGCUCGAGUCCCGCCCAUUGUGGUCAACAUCCGCAACAGGCAUUACAAUCACCUCGAUAUUCUGGCAGAUCUGGAGCCUGGAGAUGUGGAUGGCAUCAGGCGGCUUGCAAAGGACUUCCUCGACGGGCAUUUGACCGAGCUGAAAGCGAAAGCAGUCGCACAUGUGCCAAUCCGCAGCGGUAUCAUUGAUUUGGGUACGCAGACGGUUCAGCAAGUCAUGUCAUUCAAGGGAAGCGAUGUGCCUGCGAAACCAGACUUCAACAUCACCAACCUGAGACUUGCUGAGUACGGUCCCCCAGGACAUCCCACGGGCGUCCGUGCGAAAACCACCGUCUCCAUUGCAAACGACUAUCCAGUCAACUUCGAUGUGCCUGUGCUCAAUUUCGAUAUCCUCCUGCCCGACUGCGAGAAGGACUAUGUUCGGCUAGCAACGGCGCAGACCGACGUCAUACAGGUCCUGCCUCGUCAGCGCAUCAAUGCCUCUGUCACCGGUCUGAUCGAACAGCUGCCAUCUAGCUUGACCUCAGUCUGCCGCCAAUCGAGCAGCUCACCUCUGGACAGACUAGUCGCAGACUACCUCGCCGGCAAGAAUGCCACAGUCUUCGUCCGUGGUGCCGACCAGGUUGAGCAUGAGACGCCUGACUGGAUCGCGAAGAUCCUCAGGGACACCACUCUACCGUUCACUCUGCCUGGCCAUCCAUUCGAUAGUCUCAUAAAGAAUUUCUCGUUGACCGAUACGCAUUUCAGCCUCGGCGACCAGUUUGGGGAUGAUACCAGGCCAAAGAUCUCAGCCGUGGUCAAAGUUCUGGUCGGACUUCCGGCAGAGAUGAAUGUCAACCUCGACGUCGAUCGUGUCCGCGCCGAUGCCGACGUCUACUACAGAGGCAAGCCCAUGGGCAAAUUAGACCUAUCACACUGGCAGCCAGCCAACGCGACCAAAGCCGGCAAAGACCUCCUCGUGCAGGCCGCGAUCAAAGACGUCCCACUCGAGAUCACCGACGGCGACGUAUUUACCGAAGUCAUCCAACAGCUGAUCUUCCGCGGCAAAGGCGUGCACCUCGACGUCGAUGCCCUCGUCGAUGUCAACACAGCCACUGCCCUAGGCGAAUUCGUCGUCCGCCAGAUCCCAGCGCAAGGUAGCAUCUUCAUUAACCCAAUCCGCCCAGGCAGCUUCUCCAGGCCUUCCAUAUCCGAUAUCAAAGUUGUGGACUCCUCCCAAAGUACCUUGACCCUCCAGGCUAACGCCAAUAUCAGUAACCCGACACCCUACUCGGCUCACGUGCCCUACGUCAACGCUAGUAUCAUUGUCAACGACACGCUCGUCGGCUAUGCAUGGAGCUCAGCGGACGUUGUUCCCGGUCCAAACAACAUCACGGUCCAGGCUUCCUGGGACACAAGCGCAGAAGGCCGUGAAUGGAUCAGUCGGUUCCUGUCUGGCUACAACACCACUCUAACCAUAAUGACCCACGAGGCUCAGUGCCAGGCAUACCAAACAUCAAGUUCAACCUCACUGUGCCCACUCCGCACGCGACCGACAUCUUCGGCCAUUUCCUUCGCGGAGCCACAGUACGUUGACAACCUUUUCUUUACUGUUGAACUACUCGCUCUGCUAGCCACAAGUGAAUUUGCCCGCAACAUUUCCACGCCCAUAGUUGAGUCCCACGAAGGACAUGCGGCCCUGCCUCUGUCUGCACAACUGCCAACCACAUCGCCACAUCGUGACUUACCGAGAAACCCAAAACAGAUGCACAUCCUCUCCUCAACCGCAACAUUCACCCUCGCCUCCCCGCUCCCCCUCGCAAUCGACUCCAUCGCCGCAACCGCCUUCCACAACGGCACAAAAAUCGCUACUAUCGACUACGCUUACCCCUUCGACGUACCCAAGGGCGAGUCAGAAAGCCCGAGGUUGCCUGUAGAGUGGGAACUGGAUCAGUUGGAUACGGUGCGGGAAGCGCUGGGUGGGGGAUUGAAAUUGGAUUGUGAGGCGCAGGUAGGGGUUAGGGUCGGGCGGUGGAGGGAACGGGUUUGGUAUCGGGGACGGGGGAUUGGGGCGCGGGUGCGGCUUUGA